GCAAAUGCUCAGCUCCUCCUACUGUGUAAGUACGUGACUUUCAGCCGCACUUUAGCGCCUUUCCGCUGCACCGUCUGCCAUAUCUCGAGAUGGGAGGCGAGCACGAGAACCUCAUUUUCAUAAAUCAACUUUCAUACUGAUGAUCAUUACUCCAUUUUUUAUCUGCUCAAAUGGGGUCGGUUACGUUAGAAAUCGUGCCUCACCCGACGCCACCAGAUUUUACCAUUGACGCGCCGUCCUUUAUCGUGACCGUGACCGUCACUCAAGGAGAUCGACAGUUGGAGCAGAAAACCAUUACAGUCCGCAACAAAGCGCUUUGCGAUUCGAAGAAUCGAGAGACAAUUCGGUGGUUCCUCGAAAAGCAUGCGAGCGAUGACCCAUUCAAUCUUUCCAGGGCGGAUGAAGCUCGCCGUUUACUUGAUGAAUUGAAGUUAAGUCUGGCAGAAGACCUUGCUGUCCUGACAACUCUGCACGGCACCAACUCGACAAUUUUAAGGGUGAGAUUUUACAUGAAUUCUGAUGGCAAGAUCCCUCUGGCCGCAUAUCCCUGGGAAGUGCUCGAAGACAAAUUGGUAUGGGCAUGGUGUGAAACCACUUUUGACUCAUGCUCAGUUGAACGGAUUGUUCAGCUAUCGGAGGCGAUUCCAAUCCAGCCAACACAGCACCAUGAGGAGGUCUCAGGAGAAAUUCUUAAUAUUCUGAUGGUCACUGCUCGCCCUGCUGGCUCCCAGGAUGUUUCGAGCAGUCUUGUGUCAUGGCCACUGGCAAAACUCAUCUCCAAAUAUCCCGGAGUGAGCAAACGAGCGGCCCUGCGUGUCAUUAGACCUGGAACUUGGCGUUGCCUGUUGUCGGAAUUGGAAGCAGCGAAGAAAGGUUUUUAUCAGAUUGUUCAUCUCGACAUGCAUGGUCAGGUCGAGGAAAACCAGUAAGUAUAUCAGCCUUCCUCGAGAUACUUAUUCCCCCCCUCAACAUGAUGAUUAGAGGCUAAGUUAGACACCUGCAGAUAUACUCUCAACUUCCUCCGUAGCAAAGGCAAGAACAGAUCACGACCACACAAGGUCAAAGCCGAGGA